AGUAGAACUUCGGUGAGUCGAACUUCGAUUAGUCGAUUUUCUCGAUGUGUCGAAUUAAAAUGAAAGUCCCGAUUUUUUCCCCUAUAUAUUCCUUAUAAAAACCUACAAAUGAGUCGAACUUUUAUGUGUCGAAUUUUUCGAUGUGUCGAGUUUUUUCCGUGGUCCGUGUAGAAUAAAUCGAGUGCAAUUUACCACAAAUAAGUCGAAGUCCUUCAAUAAUUUUUACACCUUUAAUCUCCAGAUAUUUUUCACACCUUUUCCGCCCGCGUAGAUGAUUGCCGAUCAUCUUAUCUGACAGGUGUUAAUAACACACAGCCGCUUGUUUUAACAGCUUUUGCAUGCGUUACUAUGUGUGAAAAUAUCCUUUAUUAUGUCUUUAAUCGUUAUCACUCUCAAUGUCAUAUGAUUCGAAUAUAAACCUCUAUGAAUGUUGACAAAUUAGUUCCAUUAUGGAUAUUUCUACUGAUCAUAACGUGUUGGUAAGCGAAGGACCCGGUACCCAACCCGGGGGGAUAGCGAGCCGCACAAAUGUGACCGAAGCAUCUAGUGAAGGACCCGGUUAUUCCGGGGGGAUAGCUAGAUCGGUCAGAUCAGAGCGAGGAAUAAAGCGUAAACUGAAUGUGCAGACUUACGAAAUUAAAUACCAGGCAAUACUAGAAGUAGAAAAGGGAAUAAAGAAAAAAGAUGUCGCAAGUAAAUUUGGUAUUCCACCUAAUACACUUUCAACUUGGUUAAAAAAAAGAGAUGAAAUUAAAAAGAAGUUUUCAGAGGCAGACAUUGGCCCACAACGCAAACGUGACAAAAAGGCAAAAUUUCCAGAGUUAGAAAGUGCCCUCUUGCAAUGGUUUUCUAAUGCAAGAUCAAAAAACAUACCGCUAUCUGGUGAAAUUGUCAAACAAAAAGCAAAGCAAUUUGCAGACCAGAUCAAUGUUUCUGAUUUCGAGUGCUCAACAGGCUGGCUUGACAGAUUUAAAGAAAGACAUGAACUGUCCUUCAAAAAAGUUUGUGGUGAAGCAAAAUCUGUCGACUCUAAUUCCACAGCAAUGACCGAGUGGAAAUCUAAACUUCAAACCUAUCUGACUGAAUAUGAGCCACAAGACAUUUACAAUGCCGAUGAAACUGGCUUGUUCUUUAGAAUGUUGCCUGACAAGACCUUAGAAUUUAAAGAUGUUCAGUGCCACGGUGGUAAAAUGAGCAAGGAUCGAUUAACAGUUAUGGUCUGCGCAAACAUGACAGGGUCUGAGAAAGUACCGCUUUUUGUGAUAGGAAAAUCAAAAAAUCCUCGCUGUUUCAAAAAUCUAAAAACAAUGCCAAUUGAAUAUGAUGCAAACAAAAAAGCAUGGGUCACAUCAGAAAUCUUCACUAACUGGGUGAAAAAGUUUGACCGCCGUAUUUCGGCACAGUCGCGAAGGGUUCUGUUGAUUGUCGACAACUGCCCUGCGCAUCCAGACAUCACGGGAUUAAGAUCUGUCAAACUCGUAUUUCUGCCACCAAACACAACAUCCGUGACCCAACCUAUGGAUCAGGGAGUCAUAAAAAAUCUCACUAAAAAGCAAGUCAUUCAACGACAGCUUCGAGCUAUUGAAAAAGGUGGAGAAACAAGCAUCUCGGUUUUAGAUGCAUUGUACAUGCUCAAAACAGCUUGGCAUGCUGUCAGUCCUCAGACUAUUGCUAACUGCUUCCGACAUGCUGGAUUCCAGCAGUCUUCAGUUUCCGGUAUUGAAAUGAUUGAGGACGACCCUGAGGAUGACUUACCUCUGUCAACUCUGAGGCGUCUAACCUCUGGUGUAUCGUUUGAGCAAUACACAUCGGCAGAUGACAGUGUUCCGGUAUGCGCUGAUCUCACUGACGAUGAAAUCAUAAAUAACGUUGUUUCACAACGUCAAUCUCACGAUGAAACCCUUCCUGAUGAUAACGAUGAUAAUGAGCUGCCUUCAAGAUCUGGAGUGACAAUUUUCGAUGCCAUGGACGGAUUAGAUGCGGUCAGGGACUUUCUUCACCAACAAGGAAUCGGGAGUGAUGCGGAGACAGAAAGAGCCAUCGCAAAAUUAAGUGACAUUAGUUCUAUGUUCAGCAGAUAUUAUCUAAGAAGAAGUGAGUGUAAGCAGACAUCAAUCUCUGAUUUCUUUGUGAAUGUUCAUGAUAAUCGUUUAUAAACAUUGUGAUGUGUGAUAUUCAUAUUCGUUAAUAAAAAUGUGCUCAUUAUUCAUUGUGUAUUAAAAAGUAAAAUGUAUUUAUUUAAGUCAUGUUUUAUUUGCCUGUUUUGUUGUACAUAAAUAAAUGAAUGAAUAAAUAAAUAAAUUUUGUUAAAAAAAAAUAUUCUUGUUUUGUUUUAAACACGCACGAACCAGUAUUGUAUCUGAUCCGUAAUAUAAGAUGAUUUACUUAUCGCCCCUUUUCUUUGUAACGCCAUUUGUAAUGUCAUUUGUAAACGUUGUGUCAUGGCGAAAUUUUGUCGCAAAAUUCGGACCUAUAUAUGAGUCGAAGUCCCGAUGUGUCGAACUUUUUACGUAAGUCCCUUGAACUUCGACUUACCGAAGUUCUACUGUAUA